CCCGCGCCCCGCCCCCGCGCAUGCGCACAUCCUCUCAACCGUCCCGGCGCGGUCCGGUUUGAACCCGUGAGGGGAGCGCGGCCGCCAUGGAGGGACGGAGCUCCCGCAUCCCCGUGCCCGGCCGGCUCCAGCGCCCCGAGCCGCCCGCAGAAUUGCCAACUGCCUUUCCUUCAAAGAGAAAAAGUGUCAGCAAAACAUCAGAGCCAGAGUUCAGUGGGGUUCCCAGUCUUAACUUUGCCUCAAACGUUCCAGUGGACGGUGUCUUCAAGGCUGCAAACCAAAGGUUGCGUAAGUCUAUCAAGAGAGUGGAACCGGUUUCAAAUAAGACAGUGGCAAGACGCCCUCUCAGCAGAUUCCAACUAGAAGCAGAGCUGAAAAACAAGGAUCAGUUGGUGGAAACACUCAAACAGCAACUAGCAAGAGGAGAGGGCACUAAGUUAAGGGCGUUAAAGAAGGAGAACGAGAGGCUGGUCGAUGAAGUUGAGAAGCUCAAGAAAAUUCAGGAGACUUGCAUGACAGUUUUAGAAAGCAGAAACAUCAGUCCUGAUAGCAACAUAGAGAAGGAAAAAGAGACGCGUGCUUGCCGGGAAAAAACAACAAUGCUGACUAAGAAGGUUACAGAAGAGUUGAAGCUAUUUUGUCACACAGUUGCAGAAGAGAAGGAGACGCUUGAGACAGCGAUGGCCAAGUGGAAAUCAGCACAAGAGAAGAACCAGCGUGCCCUGGAGAAGCACUCCUGCUUUCAAGCUCAAAUUAAGGAAUGGACAGCCACGCUUGAAGAGCUGGAGAAGCUCCUGCCAAUGUGAGGCACGAGGAUGGACUGGGAUUUUUGCUGUUUCACCCUAGUUCGGAGGUCCCUGUUUGUCAAGCCUAGUUCCUGCGUUUGGCGGGGUAGGGAGGGCUGAGGCAGCAGCGAUGGCUGCUGACUGUGUCGGGCGUUCGCCGCUCUGUUCCGGGUUCGUUGAGUUCAUUAAAGGCGCAGCACGAA